AUGAAAUCCGUUGCCGAAGCUCUGAUGUUGCUGAUUCGCGAGGUCCCAAAUGGUUGUGUUGCGUUUUUCACUAGUUACGACUGCAUGUCGCAGUUCAUGUCAACAUUGGAAAAGUUCAAGCUCAUAAAUCAGUGCAAUAUGAAGAAAACCGUUUUUGUUGAACCUCGCGGGGCCUCUGGAGAAAUAUGGGAUCGGUUUGCUGCCGCUGCUCGUGUCGGAGAUGGAGCGGUCUUGUUCGCUGUCGCAGGCGGGAAACUCAGCGAAGGUGUGUAA